CUCAAUAGAAUCCAUUCUCAACACUUCUCUAGACAUGAAGCUAACGAACGUCACGUAUUUACUAUCUGUGAUUGCUUGUGCGGCUGCCCUCGGAUAUUAUCCUUCCUCCUAUUCCUAUGGAGCACAAAGUCCAAUUAGCUAUUCUACCCUUGGAGGCAUUGGAGGCAUCUCAUAUGGCCAGGGAGGAUACAGUUCUUCCGGUUUAAUUGGAGCAUACCCAGUUUCUGGCUAUGGAGUCGGAGGAUCAAUCUAUGGAGGGGCGGGAUAUAGAACUAUUUCAGCGCCUAGCUACGGAGGAGCAGCAUAUAGAACAAUUUCAGCACCUAGCUACGGAGGAGCAGCAUAUAGAACAAUAUCAGCACCUAGCUACGGAGGAACAGCAUAUAGAACAAUUUCAGCACCUAGCUACGGAGGAGCAGCAUACAGAACAGUUUCAGCCCCAGCUUAUGGAGCAUCAAGACUUCUUACAGCACAAACUCCAGUUUUUUACUCAGAAGCACCUACUGUAGUAUCAGCUCCCGCCCCUGUAAUUCAAAGAGUGGCUACUCCUGUUAUUCAAAGAGUGACUGCCCCUGCCCCUGUUAUCCAAAGGGUGGCCGUCCCCGCUCCUGUCAUUCAGAGAGUGGCUGCCCCAGCUCCUGUCAUUCGAAGAGUGGCAGCCCCAGUUCAAGUCAUAUCUGCACCUGCUCCAGUUUCUCCCAGAUUAUACAGUGCACCAGCACAGGUUUACAGAGCUCCAGCUCGAGUCAUUAGCGCACCAGCGCAGGUUUACAGAGCUCCUGCUCAAGUCAUUAGUGCACCAGCACAAGUUUACAGAGCUCCAGCUCGAGUCAUUAGUGCACCAGCACAAGUUUACAGAGCCCCAGCUCGAGUCAUUAGUGCACCAGCACAGGUUUACAGAGCUCCAGCUCAAGUCAUUAGCGCCCCAGCUCCCAUUAUACGAAGAAUAUCUGCACCAGCACAGGUUUACAGAGCUCCAGCUCAAGUCAUUAGCGCCCCAGCUCCCGUUAUCCAAAGAGUAUCUGCCCCAACUGUUUUACGAGCAGCUCCUGCACCUGUUAUCCGUACCGUAGCUGCACCAGCCCCCAUUAUUAGCACUAAGGGUUCUCCACUCUACAGUGCUCCAACGUAUAGCAGCAUCGCUGCUCCUGCGUAUACCAGUGUCGCAGCUCCUGCACCAAUCAUUGCCCGCAGUCCCGCAGUUUCCAGAGUUCAAUAUGCUCCAGUCCUGACUUCUGCUGCAGCACCUUCAUCUUAUACCUUAGGAGGAAUUGGAGGUUCUUACGAAGUUGGUAAUAUUGGUGGCGCAACUUCUUACACCCUUGGAGGAGCUGGAGGAUCCUAUGGAAUUGGUAAUGUCGGUGCAACUUCCUACACCCUUGGAGGAGCUGGAGGAGCCUAUAGAUCAAGCGAACUAUACAACCUAGGAGGUUUGAGUAGUAUUGGAGGAAUCAGAAGUUAUUCCUUCCCUGCCAUUAGAAGCUACAGUGGCAAAAGCAUAAAAUAGAAGAAUUCGCAUUUUUCGUCGAAGUGCAGGAACUAAAUGAAAAUCCUUAAAAAAAAUUACAGAUGUAAACUUAAAAAUACAUUUAAACUUAAAUCGAAACAAGUUUUUUAAAAUAUGUUUGGCAAUAAAUACAAGGCCAUUUUCUGAAAAAUUUUUUAGUUAAAAUAUGUGAACCUGGAUCUUUCUUAGCGCAGCAUACAUCAGAUUUUACCAUAAAUAUUAUUUCUAAUACAACUGCUACUCCAACUUACAAAAAACUUACAUUACAAACUGUUUCAAAUUGAGAAAGUAAAAAUUUGGACACCUGUGAGCAUUUUCUUCGGGUUGAUUUCUUUGAAAUAUAAUCUCCAAGUUUUUUUCCUAUCUUCUUCCUAAAAUAUAACUGCAGUGUUUGUGUUGUGGACACUCACGUUUCAAACAUACUUUUGUGAAGCACUCAUGAAAUUUGAUUGAAAUUUGAAGAGUUUUACUAUAUUUUUAUAAAUAUAUGCUUAUCUCAGCUUUAAUUAUGUGCGUAAUUAUACACCCGAAUAUUAUUGAAAGAAAGUUUUAAUAUUCAAAGUUUCCCCCUUAAAAUUCAGUCCAAUUUAACCUUAAUGCGAUAUAAGAAUAUGUAAUUCAUUUUACAAAUUCUUAUUUCAUUUAUUUAUUCACUUUGUUCUAACACAUAAUCAACAGUACUAUGGUGGUUCAAGUACACAGCAUUAAAACACUUAUUGUACGUUUAUUUUUAAAAAUAAACAAUACAAUGUGGUGCGAAAUAUUUUCAUUAUAAGUAUAAUGGGCAAAAAUAGAAAAUCAUAAAUAUUGUUUGCGUAUGCUUUUUUAUUCAAAUUAUUUAGUUCUACCUUAUGUAAAACAACAUCUUUGAAUGUCCAUGAAGAAUGUUUCGCAAGCUAAAUAUAACUGAAUUUCUCGUUUAAUUAAUUACCUUUUAAAAUUGUUUUAAAAAAAUGUUGAAAAGCCUUUUUUUAUGCUCCUGCUCUUAUAAAACCAUGUUAUAGUAUUUUCUCCUGUUUACUAAUUGUUUUUCCCUAAAAAUAUUCUUCUUUUCAACAUUGUGAUUAAAAGAUCUUUUAAAUGUGCUUUCUGUAUUUUCGCCAACGAACUUCCUAGUUCGUUGCUUUGCAAACUAAUUGCAUUUUACUACUCAACUUCUUUUUCUUUUUUUCAAUUCGAAAUUUUUUUUCAGAAAAUUACUAAAACUUCUUUCAAAAAUUAUUUAAGUUUAUUUUCCUCAAUUUUCGAAGAUCGUCUUCAAAAUAAUAAAUACUAUUGAACUAAAAAGCCUAAAAUGAAAUUCACUUUUUAAAAACCUUUUUUAAAAGUAUGUGUUUUCCAAUUAUCAUUUCUUUUAAAAACUUCAUUUAUUUUUUCUUUCGUCCAAAUUUUUAAGUGCAUUUACAAAUGAUCUGUCGAAAUUUCUUACAUAUGUAAAACGAAAUAUAAUAAAUAUAGUACAGUUGUAGCUGCAUAAACUAUCCAAAACUGAAAUCAACAACAUCCAUGGGGAAAUCAUAAACGUUAUUGCAAUUUCAGAAAUACUUAUUAACAUUUAUAUAUGAUGCAGUGGAACUUUCUUUCAAAUGCUAACUAGCAAAAAGUCUACUCUAACAGCCAAUAUAUUUAAUAGUAUAUGUCUAUGUAUUCAAUGAAGCAACGAAAAAAAACUUGCAGAGAGAAGAUUUACACAUCUUACAUAUUCUUCUGAAUAUCGAUUUUUUCUUAAAUUAGUACUUUGGAAUUUAUAAUAAAUAUCUCUCAAUAUUAAAAAAUAUUUUGUGAUAUAUUUUUCUCAAUCUGCACAUUUAUCCGAUAAUUUUAACUCUGUACAUUUCCGGCAAUUUCUGUUCAGUGUGUUUCUGAUAAUUUCAAUUCUGUACUUAUUCCCGAUAAUUUCAUUGUCACUUUGCAAUACUUCUUCAAUGCCUCUCAAACAAAAGAACCUGAAAAAUAAUCCAAUGAAAUGUAAUAAAA